AUGGCCGCACCGCAACAAAUACCGGCUUUGCUUACUCAACACGCAAGUUUAAGCCCAAGUCCAAGUUCAAGCCCAAGCCCCCCGUUACAAUUAUCGGAGCUGCGAGAUCCAGACGAUGAUUGGACAGGGAUCACCGAGGCCAGGGACAGGAGGAGACGACAGAAUCGUCUAAACCAGAGAGCUUAUCGCAAACGGAAGGCUCGGAAUGGGGAAUUGGCCGAUACGACGCCUGAAGAUCUACACACGAAUGGCAUCCUCAUAUUACCCACAGCCAGGCAACGUGCUGUCGCAUAUGCAUUCAUGCAACUAGUUCAGAUGCAACAUAGUCUCAAUAACCACCGCCCAGCUCUUCUCCCCUCGCUCAUCCGCCUCAAUGCCGUUAAUGCCGUGUCUAGCAACGCCCUUCACAUCGGCAUUCCCCUCCAAGGUCUGUGCUGCGACGAUGUGAUAUCGCCCUGGAACGCUCUGGGUCCCAAACCCGCCGACGGAGCUCUCGCAAGACCCUCAUGCCCAGAAUCUCUGCACCCGACCAAGCUGCAGAUAGAAAUUGAGCACCAUCCUUGGGUCGACUUGCUGCCGAUUCCUCAGCUUAGAGAUAACAUGCUCAGAGCAUACACGAGCGGUGUCAUCGACGAGGAUGAGCUGUGCAUCGAUAUCCUCGGACUUUUGAGCAGUCAAGGCUUACAAGAUGCGUACCUGAUCGUCUGGGGAGAGUCUCACGAUGCGAGUAGUUGGGAAGUCAGCGUAGGCUUUCUUAAAAAAUGGGGGUGGUUGCUAAAAGGAUGUUCCGAGCUGGUCGAGUCGACGAAUCGAUGGCGACAGCAGAGAGGAGAGGCCAAGAUUUUCAUUGAAGUCUGA